AUGGAUUUGGAUCGUAUGUCGGCGAACUUGGACUGUAGGAUGGUGACGCCGGUGAAUAUGUUGGAGACGACGGCGAAUACAAUCUUACCUGAGCCGAAGUGCCUGGUUGAUCGGAUGGCGAUGGCGUGUAGGUUGGCGACGUCGGCGAGUAUUGUGGCGACGACGGUGUGUAGCUCGGCGACGUCGGCGAAUACGUUGGCGACGUUGGCGAGUAUUGUGUCGGACUAUAAGUGGGCGACGUUGGCGAAUAUCUCGGGCUCGACGGCGAAUAGCUCGGCGACGUCGGACUAUAACUUGGCGAUGUCGGCGAGUAGCUCGGCGAAGUUGGCGAAUAACUCGGAGAUGUCGGUGAAUAGCUUGGAGACGUCGGCGAGUAGCUGGGAGACGUCGGACUAUAACUCGGCGAUGUUGGCGAAUAACUCGGAGAAGUUGGCGAAUAACUGGGAGACGCCGGCGAUUGUCCGGCAGCUGGAGAAGUUGGCGAAUAACUCGGAGAUGUUGGCGAAUAGUGUGGUGACGUCAUCGAGAAUUGUGGAGACGUUGGCGAGUAGGCUCCAGGAGACAUUCCACCACGCUGGCGACCAACCGCCUUCGUUGAAUGGUGACGCGCCACCGUCCAUAUUUCCGGCUGGAGAGAAUCCGGCACUUGGUGACAUUCCACCGGCUCCUGGCGACCAUGAUGCACCGCCGUAUGAUGGAGUGACUCCUGAAUUCCAUGGAGAGUGCGAUGGCGAGAAUUCGUGUCUGAAAUUGAGAUCGGUCCACCUCCGCAUGAACCGAGGCCUCCAUCAAAAUAUCGACCGUCUCCUCGAACGAGCAUCUCAUGAGUGCUCCAACCUCCUGUCGAUUAAUUCCAUGUCUCGUAAUGGCCAUCAAGUGUCCCUUCGCAGUCAUCACAUCACAAAGCAACGCCAAAUGUCUAGAUGGCUGGAAUUCCUUGAAGCGUCAAAUCCGACAACAUAUUCGCCUCGAUACAUCUCAAGAAGACGUCAUCCUCCAUCUUAUCCACCUGCUCCUCCUGUGUGUCCGCUCCCUUAUCCUCUCCGGCGAUUCUCAAGCGGAAAACCAGUUUUUCAGCGUUGUCAUCGGUAUAAAUCGUGUGCACAUCGUUACCAAAUCCUCCAUGAAUUCGAUCCGCUAUCAUUUCCAUCGUCAACUUCUUAUCCACCAUUCUCUUCCGAUCCAAUUCGAUUCUCAACAACCACGGAGACGUUCUCGACAAGUCGUGAUCCGGCAUCUCAUAGAAAAUCGAUACCCACUCCUCGUCUUCCGCGAUUACGCGUCGUAUGCUCCAGCUUACAGAGCACAUCCUUCGCUUUUUCAGCGUCUUUUGCAGCGGCACCGGUGAGGAAUACGUUUCGCCGACGUGCACAUCUUCUUCGUGCAAAGUGUGGAGCGCAACAGAAUAUUCAUGAGCAACGUCGCAUUAUACUGAGCUUGUUUCGAGAUCUCAUCGUUGCCACUGACGAUUAUCAGCUUUUUCGAUAG